UUGGCCAUGGGGGUUCUGUGUGGGACGUUUGGCCCAAUUUUAUCCUUGGUAGGGUUUGGAAUACUCUUUGAGUGUAGAUGAACUAUAAAUCCUAGCAACUACAACUCCCAAAUGUCAAGGUCUGUUUCCCCCAAACUUCACCAGUGUUCACAUUUGGGCAUAUUGAGUAUCAAACUAUGAUGGAUUUGAUCCAGAUCCAUCAUUGUUUGAGCCCACAGUGCUCUCUGGAUGGAGGUGAACUGCGACUCCAACACUCAAGGUCAAUGGGAGAUCUGUGUGCCAAGUCUGGUUCAGUUCCAUCAUUGGCGGAGUUCAGAAUGCUCUUUGAUUCUAGGUUAACUAUAGAUCUCCGCAAUCCCAUCCGAAUGACAAAAUCAAUCCUCUCUCAACCUUACCAGUAUUCAAAUCUGGGCGUAUUGCGUAUUUGUGCCAAAUUUGAUCCAGUGAAUGAAAAUGCAUCCUGCAUAUCAGAUAUUUAUAUUGUGAUUCAUAAUAGUAGCAAAAUUACAGUUAUGAAAUAGCAACGAAAAUAAUGUUAUGGUUGGGGUCACCACAACAUGAGGAACUGUAUUAAGGGGUUGCGGCAUUCAGGAGGUUGAGAAACACUGUUCUAACAGGUAUAAGGUAUCUCAAAUGGGCGUUCACAGCACCUCUUAACCAUCUUUCCUCCAGACUAAAUAAAGGCCGGGAUCGUGUUGGUAUCUUACGCAGGCGUUUUACUGGGACUUGAUCAUGUUGCUGCUGAUGGUGGGGAAUUUGAUCAUCUUGCCAGUCGGUAUCACCUUUUUCAAAGACGAGAACACCCCGCCUUGGAUCGUCUUUAACGUCCUCUCUGACACCUUCUUCCUGGCCGAUCUGGUCCUGAAUUUCCGUACUGGCAUUGUGGUGGAAGACAACACUGAGAUCAUCUUGGAUCCGCACACCAUCAAGAUGAAGUAUCUUAAGACCUGGUUCCUGGUGGACUUUGUUUCCUCCAUCCCGGUGGACUACAUCUUCCUCGUUGUAGACCUGGAGACCCAGGUGGAUUCCGAUGUCUACAAGACGGCGCGGGCCCUGCGCAUCGUCCGCUUCACCAAGAUCCUCAGCCUGCUACGUCUCCUCCGGCUCUCCCGUCUCAUCCGUUACAUCCAUCAGUGGGAAGAGAUUUUCCACAUGACUUAUGACCUGGCCAGUGCCGUGGUGCGAAUCUUCAACCUUAUUGGGAUGAUGCUUCUGUUGUGCCACUGGGAUGGGUGCUUGCAGUUCCUGGUGCCCAUGUUGCAGGACUUCCCCGAGGACUGCUGGGUCUCCAUCAAUCACAUGGUGAAUGACUCUUGGGGAAAGCAGUACUCGCAUGCCUUGUUCAAGGCCAUGAGCCACAUGCUGUGCAUUGGAUAUGGACAACAGGCACCGGAGGGCAUGACUGAUGUCUGGCUGACCAUGCUGAGCAUGAUUGUGGGUGCCACUUGCUACGCCAUGUUCAUUGGCCAUGCCACAGCGCUCAUCCAAUCACUGGACUCCUCUCGGCGGCAGUACCAAGAGAAGUACAAACAAGUGGAGCAAUACAUGUCCUUCCACAAAUUGCCAGGAGACACUCGCCAACGGAUCCAUGAGUACUAUGAACACCGGUACCAAGGGAAGAUGUUUGAUGAGGAGAACAUCCUGGGGGAGUUGAGUGAGCCCCUCAAAGAGGAGAUAAUCAACUUCAACUGCCGCAACCUAGUGGCCAACAUGCCCCUUUUCGCCAAUGCGGAUCCCAACUUUGUGACGGCCAUGUUGACCAAGCUGCGCUUUGAGGUCUUCCAGCCGGGGGACUUCAUCAUCCGAGAGGGCACCGUGGGCAAGAAAAUGUUCUUCAUCCAACACGGCGUGGUCAGCAUUCUCACCCGCGGCUCCAAGGAAAUGAAGCUCUCCGAUGGCUCCUACUUUGGGGAGAUCUGCCUCUUGACCCGUGGCCGGCGCACAGCCAGUGUGCGUGCCGACACCUAUUGCCGCCUCUAUUCGCUUUCAGUGGACAACUUCAAUGAAGUCUUGGAGGAGUACCCUAUGAUGCGCCGGGCUUUUGAAACUGUGGCCAUGGACCGACUUGACCGUAUAGGAGCUCCACUGGCUGCCAUUCAUCUACCGGACCCAAUUCAAGGUAAGAAGAACUCCAUCCUGUUGCGGAAGCGUGCUGAGCACAGCUCCAGCACCAUCAACAACGAAAUCAUCCAGCAGAUAGUCAAGCAUGACCAGGACACAGCCCACAACAUCCAGGACCUCCCACCGGUGAUAACAGGGCGAGAACUCAGUGGAAAGCCUGUGAUCUGGGAGCCCUUGGUCCACGCUCCACUCCAGACGGCCGCUGCCACCACCAAUGUGGCCAUUGCCUUGACGCACCAGCAGAGCCUUGCGGCUCACAUCUUCCUGCCCCCUUCCUCUGUCUCCAGUCCUCUCUCGCCGGACGCCGUCCUCAUCCCUCGCCACCCCCGGCGCUCCCAACCAAGCCUCGGUGGCUCCCGGCCUUCCUCGGUCAGCUCUCCUCUCUCGGGGGCCCCGUCCCAUUUACAGACACCGGCAGCUGGGUCCCCGUCCUCUCCCAUGGUCCAGUCUGGGUCGCCCUUGGAAAGCACUGGGCCCAGGGGAGGCCCUUUGGGCGCGGCCAUCCCUCGGCCGGUCCAGAAGGGAGAUCCCCCAGUCCCAGGGGCCAGCCAGCCUCAGCUGUCCAAGUCCCGCGGCACUUCGGUCUCCACUUCGCUGCUGCAGCAGACGGCCACUGGCACCUCCUCAGUUCCACCUGGGCGGACUCUCCAUUACAGCCUCUCUCGGGCCACCGGAUCCCACAUCUCCUUGUUUUUGCAGCCCCAGCAGCUGGUGAGGCACCGGAGCACGCAAGGUCUUCCAGUAGGCUGCCUCACCCAAGAUGCACGGGUGCUUUCGGCCUCCCAGCCCUCCUUGCCGAACCGGCUCAUGCAGCAGACGGACAUGGGCUGCCCACAGCCAGCCAGGAAGUCCGCUGGGAACCUGACGCACCGCUCCUCCCCUUCGGUCCCAGGACUCUUGGCCAGGCCUCCUUCCGGCACUCCUGUUCCACCGCAGCCCGCGCCCUCGGGUUCCAGCCGCUCCAUGAGUGGGGCCAGCACCCCGCAAUCCCCGGCUUCCACUCCCCGACAUCCCACUGCCCCAUCCCGCAAGGGCUCUGUGGUAUUCAGCCCUGAUGUAGACAUUGGGAAGCCUAAGCUCCCGUCCAACAUGUGAGGCCACUGCCAGGCAGGCCUGCAGCUCCACAUGUAGGAGGGAGAAACGCCAACCAGUCAGAAAAACAGGCCAGAAAUGAGGACUGAGACCUAGAGCAGCACUGGCCCAGAAAGGGGGAGGAAUGGGUCUCCAGUGGAAAAGGGGCAAAAGCCAUUUCCCUACAGAAAGUGCUGAACGCUCCUUCCUUUCCAGCCACCCCACUGCAUUAAAUGCAUCCUCCAAAGGCUGGAGGGGAGCCACGCUACCAUCCCUUGUAUCAUCCUGAUGGGAGGAAUCUGCCCUUGUGUGGUAGUAGCCUCUGCUUCCGAAGAAUGCGUCUGAGUUCCCCCAGGGCAACCUGCUUUUGGUGAAAGGGCAACAAGAAGGGAAUGGCAAAGGGAUAGAUCUCCCAAAGGGAACCUAGAAAAUUGAGCUGCUGUCGAACCCUUCUCCUUUGGAACAGCCUCUGUUGAAAACCCAACCCAGAAGCUGCCAUCAAUGUGAUCAAAGGAGCCCGUGGUUCAGCGACAAAGUGCACCAUGACUUCCAGCAAAUGACUUUGAGGACACUCCUGGACAAGUGCUCCCACUAUCUCCCCUUUCCCCUUUAGGAAUAUUUUGAACGAGAAAUAUUGUUUAGAGAUAUUUCUCUCCCUCUCUGACCCGGAAUUUGUGCAAUAUGCAUCUCCAGAUGUCUUGUGUGAAUGUGUGUAACAGUAGAAACCCUGGUUCAAUGGGAGAAGGAAGAGAGCAUCUGUUCAUCCCCCAAAAGAUAUAUAUACGAGGGUUAUCUGGAAAGUAAGGUUACAAGAUUUUUUAAAAAAAAUUACAAAGAAUGAAUAUAUUUUAAUAAAACGUACAUGGAUUGUAGCAUAGGCAUUACAUUAUUUUUCCACAUAAUCACCAUUCAGUUCAAUACAUUUUGUCAUCCGUGGGAUGAGUUUUUGAUGCCUGUGUUAUAAAAGUUUCCCUCCACAUUUUUCAGCCGGUUCGUCACUUCGAUUUUCAUCUCAUCGUCGUCGGAAAAGUGUUUUCCACCCAGAUGUUCCUUCAAUUGAAUGGACAGAUGAUAGUCAAUGGGUGCAGGAUGGGGGCUGUGAGAGGGGUGGAUUAAAACAUCCCAACCAAAUGAAGUCAAUAGCGCAUGUGCAAAUGCGCAUUGUCAUGAAGGAGGCAGACUUCUGCCGUCAGCAUCCCACGAAGUUUUUAUUUAUUUAUUUAUUUAUUUAUUUAUUUAUUUAUUUACAGUAUUUAUCUUCCUCCCUUCUCACCCCGCAGGGGACUCAGGGCGGAUUACAGUGUACACAUAUAUGGCAAACAUUUAAUGCCAAGACACACAACAGAUAGAGACAAACAGUCAGAGGCUAUUUAACUUUUUCUGGCUGCCGGGGGAGCUGUCGCUUUCAUUGUCCAUCUGUGACACUGAUGAAGUACUUCCGCAUUCCCCGCAUGUUUUUGCUGGAGUCUUUUUUAUGGUCUCGUAAAUUUUGUUAAAUUAGUCUCCUCACACAUAGGUGGUACCUAAUUUUCCUACUUGACAGAUGCAACUGUCUUUCGGGUUGCAAAGGUCGACAACAAGCUACACAAUUAGUCGGAAGCUCACUCCGACCCAGGCUGGCUUUGAACUCAUGACCUUGUGGUCAGAAGUGAUCUUAAUGCAGCUGACACUCAGACAGCUGUGCCACAGUCCCGGUUUUGGAUGGCUCUUUGAAGUUUCUUCAUUGUCUCACAAUAUAUUCCAUACCCAUUUUGCCACAUGCGGUCUUGACAUUACGUCCUCUCCAUCAACUGAAAUGAUUUUGUGAUGAAUUGCAGCAGUGUUCAUUCCCUUAGCAUUUAGAUAGUAUAUUACGGUCCGAACUUUGCACUUGGGGGGAAACAGACUGAGGACGCUCAUCUCUAACCUUCAGCACGCCAGUCAAUGAGCUACUGACGACUGGCACUGCUCGUUUGCUUCCACUGGCUUCCUGCUGCACGGCAGUGAUACAAACUUCCCUCAAGAAAAUUCCCUGCGAGAGCUAUGUGCCUUGUGACCUUACUUUCCGGAUAACCCUCGUUAUAUAUAUUUAUAUUAGGUCUCUUAUUCCCGGAGAAGUUGGGUCAAUCAGACAAACGUGAUCUUGCUACUACUGCCAUAUAUCCAGCUUCUCUGCUAGGUUGAGGACAUGGGGAAUAUCCCCCCUUCUUCCCAACCCUGGCUCAGUAAAGGCUGGUCUGCAGAUUCCCCAAGGUGGACAAGGAUGUCCUCAAUCAGAAUUAUGUGUUUAUGGGCAUUGUGCAAUUAUAAAGGCUCAUCAAGAAAAGGGUGGUGACUGCCCUUGGAUUUAUGAAGCCAAGCUGUAUGAAAAUGCUAUAACCUUGGAUAUGUCCCCUGGUUCCUUUUGUAUCUGAUAAGGGUCCCUUUUGCAGAGGAAAAGAGGGGAAAAUUAGUCUAGACUUACUCCCUGUCCUUACUGCCAAUCCAGUGUGGAUCCUUACUAGACAAUGCCCAUCACCAGCAACAAAGGGUCGUAACAGGGUAGCCAAAUUCCCUCUGUCCAAUCCCCUACUUGUGCCUAAACACUGCCAUGUUGGAAAAGGGGUGUCUUUUGGGGUCCGGGACAGCCCUCUAUCCAGGAAAAGCCAGCACCCCUUUUCCCCUAUGGAAGACCUAGCGUCCUGCUCAUCUUCUCCAGGAACCAGUAGUUUGCGACGUGCAUUCGGUGUGGGCAAUUUCACGUGAAAAAGGUGUUGCUUUCUGUUUUAGCCAUGUUACCAAUUUAGGGCGGAUUAGCUGCCUGGGGUCUUCUCCCUUUCCGGACUCUCUUUUCCUUCCAAUGGCUCUGCCACUGCACUGUAAAAUGCUUUUCUCCCCAUGUCUAGAGCCUUUUGGGGAGAGGGAAGCAAGGCAUCUGGUCUAGAAAAGAAACAGUUGGCAUUAGGACCAGCCUCCCCUUCCUCUUGAGUUGCUGCUAGACUCCCUGACAUAGAAGUAGGCAAUCUAUUCGUCACUUUGUUUUGCUUGCUGGUUUUGGGGACAUCUUUAAGGUCAAACGAGCCUCUGGUAGCUCAGAUGACCUAUCAAGGCAUCCCUAUGAGAUGCAGUGGAAAGAGAAAAGCCAGCACUGCCUUGAUGCUUUCCCUUCUUCCCUAAACCUUUGAAGCUCCUCCGGCAGGAGCGCCUCAUCCAUCGUGCACAUAAGUUCAAAAACAUUCCAAAACUUCAGUCAAGUAGAGGCAUCCAUAGCUGUCACUCCCAUAUAGACAUGCUGUUGGAAGAUAUUUGGAAACAUAGCCUUGGGGGACUCCUAGACUGGCAUAUUUGUGUAGAAGCUGGCCCAUCUUCAGUUCAAAGCCUUGGUGGCGGAGUUGUGAUUACGGUUCGUUGAGUUCUGUUCAAUUUCUCUUCAAUACAAGGUUUGCAUUACAAAAACUACGUGCGGCCUCACACAGCCUUCGACUGGAUCUAGACUGGCCAUAUAACCGCAUUCUAGGUCUACAUCAGAGCUUUCCAAACCUGUUGUGUCAGGGAUAUGCUUUUUACGAGGGGUAUUUUUUAAGUCA